GAGUAAAUGAAUAGUCUAGAGGGGGCGAUUGGAGUAUCAUCCUAGUAUUAUGGAUGUUGCCAUGACCACCACUGCUAAUUAAUCAUAGGAUUGUCUCGGUAUGAGUUGUAUAAGUAGAAGAUAAUGGGACGAUAAGUAGCCAGGGUUAUGCGAACAUUCGAGACAGGGAGAGACAAAGCGUUAAUAGUCAGGAAUAAAGGAUCACGGUACUCGGCAUGGCAAAGACAUCUUCAACGGUGAACAAUGUUUCAUCAACAUUGUCAUUUGGCAGCUCUGAUGUACAAAGUAGAAAUAAAAAUAUCUGCCGUCAGGGAAUUCUCACUGACACAGGGAAAAGACUGCAGCUCACCAGAAUGCUCUGUCUUACCAUUUCCCCAAUCAUACUAUUGUGGGGUUUCACUGUGUUCACCCUUACUGAAUCCAUCACUGAAAAGACGACUGCUGAAGAGAACAUGCGUCAGCUAAUGUUUACAAUGGAAGUAGGACAGCUAAUCCAUCACCUGCAGCGGGAACGUGACAUGAGCGUGCUCUACCUUAGUGCUCUGGGACCAGAAACCAGGACAUUCUUGUUGGACGAGUACAUCGAAACGGACAACGCCCUUACCGCCUUGACAACCUGGCCAAACGAUUCGACCUGGUCGGGUUGGGACGACCCCGUAUUUGUCUCCAGGGAAACUUUGCUGGCUCACCUGUCGCGUCAUAGACAGUUUGUGAAUAAAAACCAGUAUGAUAUUUACUUUGAAAUAGAUUUCUAUAAUGCCAUUAUUGAUACCAUGCUGUACUGGUUUACAAAGACCGUCAGUAGCGGCACGUUCGCCAGUGUCUGGCGUGAUCUAAUCGCUUACGCCAAAAUCACAAUUGGAAAGCAAGAUGCUGGUGUAGAACGGGCUUUAGGGACUUAUUUUUUUGUAAAGGGCGGCUUUAACAGUCAGGACGCGUUUGAACUGUACAAUCGACGAGUACACAAGUUCCGAGCCUUCUACUACACUGCACAUAUGUAUUCUAAUCAGGUGGAUAAUCUGUUCAAAGAAGGAUACUUCAGCGCCUCUUACAAUGUCACCAAGACAGUCAAUCUGUAUCGAUAUGAAAUACAGAACUCCGAAGAAAAUGUUCUUAAUCCAAAUGUACUAAAAGCACAGAAAUGGUUUGACAAUAUGACGAUUUAUAUGGACGCACUUCUUGAUAUACAAGUUAAGCUAGGUGAAAGUAUUUUAGCUCAGAUAAACGUUAAUCUCGCGUCGAUCACGGAAAGCAUGACAAUCAGCAUCACGUGCUUGGUUAUUGUUUUCUUUAUUUGUCCAUUCGUUGUAGUAUCUACUGAAGCUCUUACAAGUAGUAUCCAAAACUAUGCCAUCAUACUUGUACAUAAGACAAAAGAACUCUCCAAAGAAAAGAGGAGGACAGAUUCGCUUCUCUAUCAGAUGGUGCCUAAACCGAUCGCCGAUAAACUAAAGAAAAAUCUGCAUAUUGAUGCCGAAUAUUUUAAAUCUGCUACUGUGUUCUUCAUCGAUAUUUUUGACUUUAACCGACUUGUGAUGGUCAGCUCUCCAAUAGAAAUCGUGGAUUUGUUGAGUGCUGUCUACAGGAAUAUUGACGAGCGCCUAGAUAGUUUUGAUGUAUAUAAAGUUGAGACCAUCAAUGAUUGUUACAUGGUUUCAUCAGGAAUACCAAAACGGAACAGGGAUCGCCAUGCAGUAGAGAUUGCUAAUCUAGCUCUUGUUCUCCGCGCUAUGAUAAUUACCAAGCCUUUCAUACUGUCAGGAGACCGGGCCAUAAAACUGCGAUUCGGAGUGAAUACCGGACCAUGCAUGGCUGGUGUAGUUGGCCUUCUAAUGCCACGAUAUUGCCUAUUUGGCGACACUAUCAACACAGCCUCAAGAAUGAAGUCUUAUGGAAAACCCAACAUGAUUCAAAUAAGCCAUUCGACUUACGGUCGACUGUCGAAGUAUGGCUUCUACAUAAUGAGGCAACGAGGCAAUAUCUACAUUAAGGGGAAAGGAGAAAUGCAGACCUACUGGUUGCUUGGAAAACAAAAUGAUAGUUGCCAAGCAAUGGAGGCGUUAUCAAUACCCGACGAGGAUGACGUCAUUACCGAUAACACAAUGCCAGGAGAGCUGACACAAUAUGAUAACGCUCAUAUGACGUCUGCUCUCACAGUGCCUCUUCCAGGUCGAAUCUAUCCCAGAAAAAGCACGCAAGUGAAGAGUGCAAAAGUGUCCCCAGAGAUCAAAAGUAAACAGAAGCAAAAUCGCUCAGAAGAUGUAAAAUACAAGACGUAUCCUUCCGCUGAUUCCCAAGAAAUGCAGGAGAGGCAAUCCAGACUCACAGUUAUACAACAAUCCGAAGAAAUCCCUCAAGGAGGUAACGAAGACUCAACUUCCGCCAGCAUGAAAGAAGAGGAUAGAUUUGAUAAAAGAUAUCAGUCAUCCACAUCAAACGACCCUUCCGUUAAAGAAAAUCUUGAAAGACAAUCCAGGCUUUCAGUCAUUCAACAACUGACAGGUACUGAAGAAGAAAUCCCUGAAGUAUGUAACGAAAAUUUAACGCUCGCCAUUGAGAUUGAAACAGAUAAAGGCGAUAAAAAAUAUCAGUCAUCCACUGUAAAUGACCCUUUCGUUGAUGUAAACCUUGAAAGAGCAACCAGGCUUCCAGUUGUACAUCAACCGUUACGCACUGAAGGAGAGAACCCCGCAGAAAAUAACGAGGAACCACCUUCCACCAACGUCAACGAAACGGGAAAAGAUACAAAUGUAUAGCCGGAAGACCCAUGUGCAUCGCGACGGGUAUUGUUUCCUCGGGACUACUUCACAUAUACACAAUGAGCCAUGGGCAGUUAACAAAAUACUGUUAAUAUUAUCAACGUACGCUCCGCAACAACUGAAUGAAGAUGUAUCAGUUUUAGAUAUAUUCACCUAUAAAGUCAGUAGCUUGGCUGUUUAUUAACAACAUUGGUAAAUUAUAUUGCCGCCAUUACAUCGAACGGCGACUGGCACAAUGAACGAUAAAUAAUGUUGGAUAGAAUUAUUAUUUACGGUUAAGUUAUGUGAUAAAUAAGUACAUGUAUACGAUAUCACAACAAAUGUCUUAAUGUUAUAAUUGCUACCGUAAGAAAGUUUUUUGUGUUGUUGUUUUUUUUUUAUUUUAUCACAUAUUUUCUUCAUGUUGUUACAAUUAUUGUGUGUAUUAUAUAUUUUGUUUUUUUACCUUACAAUAUAUUUUUGGUAUUUUUGAAUGUAUCAACUUGGUCUGUUCAUUUUGAGGAAAUACUGGUCUUAAGAUAAAUUGUUCCGUUUGGAUAACUUAACAAAUCUUCCUGCGGCACAUUAAUUUCACACUUGUUCUGAAAGUGUGUGGGAAUUUUAAGGGUGAAUUGACAACCAGGCGUUAGACUGUAGGACCCAAAUUGGUACCCAAAAUGUUUAUUUAAUGCAGUUUGUUUUAGUUUGAAGUCCAAUGAAAAUGAUUAUACUUAUAUUUGUAAUAGCGAACGGCUGCCAUUUGCACUAUUUGAUUGCCGAAGAAAGCAGGUAUUCUCGGUAGUCUGAAAACACAUUUUUCGACCACUCUUUGUGUUAAAGAUAAAUAUAUCAGAAAAAAUUGUAAUGCAUUAUACAUUAAUUUUCACAGUAAUAUUGACAGUGUGCGGCUGUUUUGUUUUGAAAAUGUUGUAAUACAUAAAUAAUUCCUGAACGAAUAUGGUGAGGCUUAAAUUUCUGAUGAUGUUUACAAAUAACACAAUAACUGUUAUUGACUACGAGACGGUCUGUAAUAUUUACAUACAACAUACAAUGGAACCUAAAGAAUUGUGAUCAAUAUAAUGAGCCAUUACAUGUACGUGAAUCAUGUACAUAUAUGUAUAUAGAUAAAGUAAGUAGCAUAUUCACAAAACAGGAAAGUGUCUUUCGAAAAAAUGCGUUUCGUCCUUUGCUUUGCUUAUUGUAAUAUCAAACCAUAUUUCCAUUUAUAUAAUUUUUGUUGUAUAACAAUAAGGAGUUAGAUAUUAUUUCUUUUAUUUUUAUAUAUGAAUUACUCAGGGAUAAGGUGCAUGUGUAAAAUUAAUACGCAGAUCCCGACCAUCAAAUUAUGAUAAUAAUAUACAUUAUAUAUAUUAUUACAAGAAAGCUGGAUUUUUGCUUAAAUAUAUGUGGAAUUUGUCGUUUGUGUUGUAAUUAAAAACUCAUAAGUACUA